AUGUCAGAGGCUGCUCGACGGCCAUCCGAGCUGAGGCCCAAUGUCUGUCGACGCUUAUUGGGCCUCCUAGAAGGGCUGGGCAGCAUUAUACCCCAAAAUUCGUCACAUCCAACCCAAGUCGCCAUCCGAACUUACACACUGGCGCUUUGCCUGUCUCUCACUCCCGCUCUCGCCCCAUUCCUGAAACGAUCGAAGAAACACGACUUGAAUGAACUAAUACGCGUCCUCUCACGCGAAUUUGGAGCGACAGGUUUCGCCUUCUCCAUUACGGUCGCCAUCGGUGGUGGUUCAUUCAUUCGAGAAUUUUGGCGACUUCUAGAUGGUUCGGAGUGGGAUCUCUCGGAAACACAAAAUCCGCUAUCCAACUCCGCCGCGUGGAUAAAAGAACGGCUCAAAUACAUGCGGGUAUCAUCGGCGCAGAAGACGUUCAUCAGCAACAUACUUUCCACCUCGGCGGGCCUCUGGCUCCUGCAAGCAGGGCGUGCACGAUUCCGAUCGACCAAGGGUGGCUCAAAAACGCUGGAUCUGACUCUCCUGGUGUUUGUCCGCGCUCUCGAUGCUGCUGUGCAGUCAUUUGUCGCAAGGAGAUCGGGUAGCCGACGAGAGAGUGAUGCAGGGGACACCAGCUUUACGCGGGCCCCUCGAGACGAAGCAUAUACCAAACGUCAACUCCUGCGAACACGAAUAGACGCCUUCGUGUUCUGGGCAUGUAGCGCUCGGAUCAUGUGGUGCUUUUUCUAUGCACCGCAGAGGUUGCCCAAAUCAUACGUGAAAUGGAUCAAUGCGCUGGCGAAUGCCGAUACUCGCCUGCUCGACGCACUCCGGGCCAUACGGACGAAGGAUUGGCUGUACCGCAAGGGUCCGCCCUCCCCGCUUCUUACGACUUAUGCUCGAGAUCUCGGAUACCCUGCCUCAUGGGGCGAUCCUAUCCAGCUGCCAGCCUUUGGCCACGAGGCCGAUCAAGCCUGGAGAGCAUUAGGAGUCACGGGACGUGCCGGUGUCGCCGGGAUACCGUGUCAACUUGUCCAUGGCACAGUGGGAUCCAGUUUGGGUCUGUCGCACAGCUGCACCGCCAAUGCUGGUCUUCGAGGGUUGGUUGCUCUGAUGGAGGCUAUCGUGCUGUAUCUUCCGGUGAGCUCCGAGCGCUUAUUUUAG